AGAAACUAUGUAUAUAUCAAAAUGAUCUUUUAUGGAUAAACAGACAAAUAGACCAGUCACAUCUAGCAGUUUUUUGUAUGAUUCAAUUAUGGCAUAAUAAGUAAUUGACCUAAACACUGACCGGUUCUUGUGAUAACAAAUGUUUGAAAAUCACUUGCUAGUUAUUGUCAUUGCUAUUGUGUACUUUGGAGUGUAAAUACGUCACUGGUUUGUUUAAAAAUGAACGAUAAAGGAAUUGAAAGGGUGGUCACAGUAGGCAGCGCACUUGAAGUACAUUUCGCGGAAUCAAAGAAAAUUACAUUUGAAUCAUGUUGGCUUCGUGAUCACUGCAGGUGUGUCUCGUGCUACCACGCCAACACAUUCCAGAGAGCUAAGCAUUUACUAGAGAUACCAGAGGCAACAAUUGUUAAAGUUGAAUAUGAUAAGAAUCAGCUAAUUGUAAAAUGGAGCGACGAACAUGAAUCAGCCUACAAAUCAGACUUCCUAUCACAAUUUGACUACAAAACCUGGAAAGAGAGUAGAAGACUUAAGCCUAUAUUAUGGCGAGGACAAAAAGUCAAUGAGAAAAUAACAAAGAUCCACGUCGAUGAGUUUCUUAAGUCUGUGGAGGGACAGAGGAGUGUUUUCCAAUCACUUCUCGACUACGGCGUCGCUUUGAUUGAGGGCGUGAAACCUUCUUUAGAAGCCACAGAAAUUGUAUGCAAGGCUUUGGGAGGAGUUCAGCACACAAUCUUCGGCGGCAUGUGGCAGUUUACUACCAAAGCCGUUCAUGCGGACACUGCUUACACAAACCUACCUCUCGCCGUACAUAACGAUAACACAUACUUCACCGAAGCCGCUGGACUUCAGAUCCUCCAUUGUAUUGAACAUACAAGUGGUAUCGGCGGUGAGACAAUUUUAGUUGAUGGGUUUUAUGGUGCCAACUGUUUGAAAGAAGACCAUCCUGAAGAUUUUGAGUUUCUCACUAUGUUUGACGUUGAAGCGGAGUAUAUAGAGGAAGGACAUCACCACACUUUUGCUGCGCCAGUCAUACAAAUAGACAAGAAGACACAAGACUUAAAACAGAUAAGAUUCAAUGUUUACGAUCGCUCAGCAAUGGCAUUCAGUAGUAACGAGGAAUGCAAACUAUACUAUCGUUCUCUGCGAAAUUUGUCCCGAUACUACGAAGACCCUUUGAGCCAGUGGCAGUUUAAAUUGACACCAGGCACUGUGAUGGUGAUGGACAACUUCAGAGUUCUGCAUGGAAGAACAGGUUUCUCCGGCACUCGAGUCUUGUGUGGUAGCUACGUGGCCCGCUCCGAUUGGCUGGAUAGAGCCCGAUCACUCAAACUCAUCCAAUAAAAUAUAGAUACUGAUGACGGAAGUA